UCUUUUCUAGUUUUCUUACAUUUUUUCCAUCACUGAUCACUCGUUGAAUGCAGAAUACGACAUCUGUCUCCACUCUUUGCUUCGAAUUCCAUAUAGGUUACACUGAAUUCCCCUUCUUCCUAGGGCUUUUGCUGCGCAGACGAGGAGAAUCGGAGUCAUGGACUGGGGAAAUGUGACAGCUGAAGAUCUGCUCGAUGCCCUCCGCGAAGUGGACUGGUCAUCACCGCCGCGACCUCUCUCUGAAUUCUUCUCGAGAUUCACCGUACCGAGAUCCUACUCUAAAUGGAAUAGCCGCCUCAAAUGCAACCUAUACUACUACCGGACCAACUACUUCCUUUUGAUUGUUUCUGUUCUCAUAUUGGGUUUUCUUCGGAGGCCACUAGCUAUUGUAGCUGCAUUCCUUACAGCACUUAGCCUUGCUUUUCUAAAUGACAGCUUUGCAGGAACCUUUAGUGAGAAAGUAACAAGAACAGUUAGGCAAUUUUCACCACAUCUAGCAGCCAAGAUGAGACCUCCUCUUACGCCUGUUAUUCGUGGACGCCCAUCAGCUAAGAGAACAAUAUAUAUUUGUGGUCGACCUCGUUGGUUCUUUGUGCUGAUGUCUUCAUUUGUAAGUUUCAUCCUUUGGUUUGUCUCUGCUGGUCUUCUAACUGUGUUGUGGGCGCUUGCAAUUGGUCUUCUUGCUACCAUCCUGCAUGCAAGCUUUAGGACCCCAAACUUGAAGGCGCGUCUGAACACAUUCCGGGAAGAGUUUCGUGCAGUGUGGCGCAAUUACAGUGAGCUGUAGCUUACACGGUGUUUGCUGGUUAUCUACUUAGUGAUCUUCACUACGGAUAUGAAUUUUAUGUAGCAGAACUCCAUCUAGAAGUGAUUAAGAAGCAGACUGGUUGCUUUAUAGGUUUUAAAAAGGAGUAGCAGCCUAGUGUAUUGCACCAUGUUUAGUGAUGUCUGAGAUCCGAAAUUAUGGUAGAAUUUUUUGGUCUGUUGAUCUAGUUUAUCCUAACCAAGGUUUACCUAACACAAUGCAUAUUGGUUGGAACUUGGAAGGCCUUUCGUAUUUUGGUGACCUUGAGUUUGCUUCUCCUUUCACUUUGUGCUCCAUAAUACUUGUGAGGAUGUUGUUGCAUUUCUACCCAGGACUAAAAUGCGAAUUGUGAUCAAUUAUCCUUUGAAUAUGAUCCAUGAGAUGUAUCCACCAUUAAAUUGGACACAAUGUAAGCCUGUGGCAUGGGACUCGACGUGGAUUUUAGCCUAGUCGUAUGUAAGCUUUUCUUAUAAAUGGGAGGUCAUGGGUUCCAUCUUGCUCAUAACCUCAGGUUGUUAGUGCCUGCUUUUUUAAUUGAAAAAAAAAAUGGACUCAAUGUGAUGACUUUUCUAUUUGUUCUGCAUCUUAUUUGUUCCUUGCAAAGUUACUUGUGGGUGCUUUAGUUUCGUGUUUUUUGGUUACUUGUGCAGAAGCAGAAUGAAAAUAUUGCUUUUAGAUUUCCUACAUUCUCUUCUAUUUUUGUAAUCAC